GUUACGAGGGCACUGGGUCAGUCCUGAUGUCCCCUGUUCCCCAUCAGAUGUUGCCCUACAUGAACGUGGGCACUUUGUCCCGGACGGAGCUGCAGUUACUGAACCAGCUGCACUGCAGGCGAAAAAGGCGGCAUCGGACGAUCUUCACUGACGAGCAGCUGGAAGCAAGGGUGCACUUAAGAGAGGAAAAAGUGGAGGUUUGGUUCAAAAAUCGCCGGGCAAAGUGGAGGAGGCAAAAGCGAUCGUCUUCGGAGGAGUCAGAAAACGCACAAAAAUGGAAUAAAGCAUCUAAAACGUCUCCAGAGAAGAGACAAGAGGACGGGAAAAGUGACUUGGACUCCGACAGCUGA